AUGAGGUGCAUAAACAACAAGUACUCAUGCCAAACAUUUUUCAAUAUUCAACAAUCAUUUGGUGCUAAAGAAUAUAUAUGCAAGAAAUGUCAUUCAAAAGUCAUAAAAAGAGAAUUACCAUGUCAGGCUGUUGUGAAUAAUAAUACCAUCCACGUUACAGGCUUCAUUAGAAAAACUAGAUCAAUUACUAAUUGAUUCUCAAUUUUUGAUCCUCUAGAGCUUCUUAAUUUUUGUUUCUGCUUUUUUUCCCACUGUUUUUUUUUUUUUUACGUAAAGUUCCUAAAAUUGGAACUUUAUGUACUUUUUAUAGCAACAAAACAUGGCUUAAAGGCUGAGCAAAGAACAACACAUGACACAUUU